CUCGGUGACGCCGCCCGGCCCUGAUUUGCUGGGGCCGCCCGGCCGGCCCUUCCCAAACUGCGGGGAGCUCCGCACCGCCCCUAGCCCCGCCGGGAGCCGCGGGCAGCAGCGGGCAGCAGCGCCGGGAGGCGGCAGCGGGGCCCCCCAGGCUCAUCUCUCGCCGGCAGCCUCCCCACGGACACCUGAUCAGCGGAAAGAUGAACCCCACCGUGGGCAUCGCUGUCAUCCUGACAGUGCUCCAGGCCGCCCAGUGCCAGAUGAUCAAGGACCUGAGCGCCUGCCUGCUGGGCCAGAGCCUGCGGGUGGACUGCCGCUACGAGAACAAAACCAGCAACCCGCUGACCUACGAGUUCAGCAUCACCAAGGACAACAGGAAGCACGUCAUCCACAGCACCAUCAGCGUCUCCGAAAACGUCUACCGGAGCCGCGCCAACGUCACCAUGCACAAGAACCUGGUGUGCCUCUACCUGCAGAGCUUCACCACCAGCGACGAGGGGGUCUACAUGUGCGAGCUCAAGGCCACCAACGACUACACCGGCAACCAGAUAAAGAACAUCACCGUCAUCAAAGACAAACUGGAGAAAUGCGCCGGCUUCAGCCUCUUGAUCCAGAACACUUCGUGGCUCCUGCUGCUCCUCCUUUCCCUGCCUCUCCUGCAAGCCGUGGACUUCGUGUCCCUGUGAAAGGAUAAAAAAAAAACAAACAACAAAACAAACCACCCCGCGCCCCCCACGGAGCACCCCAGCCAACCCGCCUCCCCCGCCAGAGCGCAGCCCUCGGAAAGAGCAGAUUUGGAAGAAACGAAACCUCUCUCUAUGUUAUCUAUGUAGCCGUAUAUCUAACGCUAGCCACCGUCCUGUGCUGAGACCCGCCGGCACGCGCGCGCGCACGCCCCGCUCCGAAGCAUGGUGGCUCCGCUAGGCAGCGUCGCUUCUCCCAUCACACCCUCCCCUUGUGCUGGUUUUGCUGGGGCACCAGAGCCUCAGCUUGCUUCUCCCACCCCUUUUCUUUCUUUUUUUUUUUUUUAUUUUAUAUAUUUUUCCUUGGCCUGUUCUCAGCUGGGGAAAGACAGCCAGACGAGCAGCCGGGUUGGAAGCGAGGCCCCCAGACACCGCCUUGUGCCCUGGGGCUGCCCGAGCCCGGGCACCCCCCUGGUCCUCCCCAGGGACCAGUCCUUAGCUGUGACGAGAGAAGUGCCGCCAGCACCCGCAGCGGAGGCCCGCGGAGCCUCUCCGAGCUAGCCACAGCCUGGCCAGCGCCCCGUGCCCCCAGGUGGGGAGGGGGCUCCCCCAGGGGACCGCCACUCCCCCACCCGAGCUCCAUGGGGACGUCUGGGGGGUCCCUGUCCUUCCCCGUGGCACGCGCCCCCCUCUUUCUCCAGCCUCCCCAUGCCGCAGGGAGGAGCUCCAUGUGUCCCCUCCUGCCUCCCUGCUCCCUUCUCUCUACUGAAAUGAGGAAAAAGGGGGCGAAGGCAAGCCCAGCUCUUGGCCACCGCCUCAAGAAGGAUGUUCCCAGGGGUCAGCGAGAGUGGAGAGAGGGACCCCAAGCACAGCCCCAGCCUUGUCCCCAUGCCCCGCAGGACCUCAGGAGCCUUCGGACCAGGAGAAACCACGAGGCUGGCCCUGCACACCCCAACCCAGGAGCGGGCAGGGGGCUGGGGAAGGCAGUGACGGGACCACCUGGCUCUGUGGGGUCAACCCGAGCCCUGCUGAGCUCCCCAGACUGUGCCACGACGGCUGAGGGCCCUUCCCAGCGGCUGCUCCCCGCUCCUCACUUUCCUCCGGACGUCGCGAGCUGCCCCCCACCCCGCUGCCCCAUCCUGCCCAUCCCUGCCCCUCUCGCUGCCUGCUUGCUUGCUGUCUAGUGCUGCCGAGGCCGUGCACGGCGGAGGUUCGGCUCACCCCGCUCCCCGGGCUGGUUUGGAGCUCCCCGGGGAGCACCGGGGCAGGGCAGAGCCCAGCCGACCGCGUGGACGCAUUCUCCGGUCUCAUUUAAUUUUUUUUUUUUGGUGAACAUUUGUAGUUGUUUCCACAGCUUGUCGUAAAAAGAAAUUCUGUUCAAAGGAGAAAAAAAAGAAAAAAAAAAGAAAAGAAAAGAAAAGCCAACCCUACGAAAAGCAACAAGAAGAAGAACAAAACCACCUGUCCUCCGGGAGUUUUCCUCCGUCUGCACAAUAAAAGCCUAGGUCGUGUGUUGGA